AUUAAGCGUGAAAUAAAGAUUUUGGAGAAUUUGAGAGGCGGUCCCAACAUUAUCACACUUGCAGACAUUGUAAAAGACCCUGUGUCACGAAUGCCCGCCUUGGUUUUUGAACAUGUAAACAACACAGACUUCAAGCAAUUGUACCAGACAUUAACAGACUAUGACAUUCGAUUUUACAUGUAUGAAAUUCUAAAAGCCCUGGAUUAUUGUCACAGCAUGGGGAUUAUGCACAGAGAUGUGAAACCCCAUAAUGUCAUGAUUGAUCAUGAGCACAGAAAGCUAAGGCUAAUAGACUGGGGCUUAGCUGAAUUUUAUCAUCCUGGCCGAGAAUAUAAUGUCCGAGUUGCUUCCCGAUACUUCAAAGGUCCAGAGCUACUUGUAGAUUAUCAGAUGUAUGAUUAUAGCUUGGACAUGUGGAGUUUGGGUUGUAUGCGGGCAAGUAUGAUCUUCCAGAAGGAGCCAUUUUUCCAUGGACACGACAAUUAUGAUCAGUUGGUGAGGAUAGCCAAGGUUCUGGGAACAGAAGAUUUAUAUGACUGUAUUGACAAGUACAACACUGAAUUAGAUCCACGUUUCAACGAUGUCUUGGGCAGACACUCUCGUAAGCGAUGGAAACGCUUUGUCCACAGUGAAAACCAGCACCUUGUUAGCCCUGAGGCCUUGGAUUUUCUGGACAAGCUCCUACGAUAUGACCACCAGUCACGGCUCACUGCAAGAGAGGCCAUGGAGCAUCCUUACUUCUACACUGUUGUGAAGGACCAGGCUCGAAUGAGUUCAUCUAGCAUGCCAGGGGGCAGCACACCUGUCAGCAGCGCCAAUAUGAUGUCAGGGAUCUCUUCAGUGCCAACCCCUUCACCCCUUGGACCUCUGGCAGGCUCACCAGUGAUUGCUGCUGCCAACUCCCUUGGGAUGCCUGUUCCAGCUGCCGCUGGCGCUCAGCAGUAAUGACCCCCAUCUAUCUCCUGAUGCCUGAGCAGAGGUGGGGAAGUCCACCCUCUCCUUGAUGCAGCUUGCGCC